AUGUCAGACCAAGUGAAUUCCUCCAGCUAUCAUUCCAUCGAAACUUUGACUGGAACAAACUGCUCCAAGUGGAAACAAGAUCUGGCUAUAUCUUUAGGAUUAUUGGAUUAUGACUAUGUUCUCAAAGAAACUCCUCUCAAAGUACCUACCACAAAUGCUUCUGCAGAAAUCAUGCAGAGGGCUAUGGCAUCUUCUGUUAAAGGCAGCAUUCCAAAGACUGAAAGUGCAAAGGAAUAUUAUGAGUUCAUAGCUCAGAGGUUCAAAGUUUCUGAAAAAUCUGCCAAGAGCUCACUGCUGAACAAACUAACUGACAUGAAGUAUGAUGGGCAAGGGUGUGUUAGAGCUCAUAUUAUGAACAUGAUUGACAUUGGGGCAAAACUACAAGAGCUGAACAUGACAGUAGAUGAGGAUAUGAUGGUGCAUUUUGCAUUGAACUCUCUGCCCAAGGAUUUUAAAUCCCUUCGAAAUACAUACAUAGCCCAGAAAGAAAGUUGGACACUUAAUGAUCUCAUCACUAUAAGUGUCGAAAUUGAGGACAAUCUGAUAAGAGAAAGGGGAGCUAAGGUGAUAAAUAUGGUUCAAGCAAAGCAGCAUAAGUGGAACAAAAACUCUGAAACUAGUAAACAGAAAGAAAAGGACAAUUCAAGUGCUCUAAAACCAGUUGGAAACAAAUGCUUCUUCUGCAAGAAAGCUGGACAUAUGAAGAAAGAAUGUAGGAGGUACAAGAGGUGGUUGGACAAACAAAAGGCUAAAGACAGUGGAGCAUCUAUUCAUGUGACUAAUUCUUUGCAGGGGUUCAUAAGGAAGAGGCCGCCAAGCAAGGAUGAAGUGAAGGUGUUCGUAGGCAAUGGAGAGAAAGUUCAAGUUGAUUUUAUUGGAGUAGUUAGGAUUGAAUUAGUUUUUGGUUUUGUUUUGGAAUUAGAAGAUGUGGUUUAUGUUCCUACUAUGAGGAAGAACCUAAUCUCAGUUGCUAGGCUUGUAGAAAAACAGUUGGACCUAAAGAUCAAAGUAGUUAGAUCUGACAGAGGAGGGGAGUAUUAUGGAAGGUUUGAUGAAACUGGGAGAAAUCCUGGUUCUUUUGCUAAGUUCCUGCAACAAGAGGGAAUUAUUGCACAGUAUACUAAUCCAGGCACUCCUCAACAGAAUGGAAUUGCAGAAAGGAGAAACAGAACUCUAAAGGAUAUGUUGAGAAGUAUGAUGUGUUGUUCCAAGUUGCCGAUAUUUCUUUGGGGAGAGGCUUUAAAGACUGCAAACUACAUAUUAAAUAGGGUACCUACUAAAAGUGUGAAUGCUAUCCCUUAUGAAGUGUGGGUGAAAAGAAAACCAAGUUUGAAUCACUUGAGAGUUUGGGGGUGUAAGGCAGAAGCAAAACUGUACAAUCCUAUGGAGAAAAAGUUGGAUUCAAGAACAACCAGUGGUUAUUUUGUUGGCUAUCCAGAAAGGACUAAAGGCUACAGGUUCUAUUGCCCUCAAAACACAACUAGAUUCGUAGAAACACAAAGAGCUGUAUUUAUUGAGUCUGAAACUGAGGUAACAGAAGAAGAAAAUUUUGAUUUUGAUGAAGUAGUGACAGAAAAUGCAGAAACAGUAAGUUCUAAUACAGAUAACAGAAUUCUUACACUGCCCAGUUUUGAGUUGAGUGGCACGCAAUCUGUACAAGAAGAUAGUUUUGUUGAAGAUCACAUGAUACUUGAGCAGGAAAAUCAAGAAAUGCAAGAUUUGCCACCAGAAAACACAAAUAUGAAUCUGCUUGCAGAACAAACCAAUAAUCAGAUGGACAUAGAAUUAAGAAAAUCUCAAAGACCAAGGAAAAGAGCAUUGCCGGAUGAUUACUAUGUCUAUUUGCAAGAAUCUGAGCAUGAUGUGAAUUCAAUUGAAGAUCCUAUGAACUAUAAGCAAGCCAUGUCCAGUGAGAAGAGUGAAAAUUGGUGGGGAGCUAUGAAAUCUGAACUGAGUUCUAUGGAGAAGAAUGGUGUAUGGAAACUAGUUAACCAGCCACAAGGUUGUAAACCUAUAGGCUGCAAGUGGGUUUUCAAGACUAAGAGGAACUCUAAAGGGAAAAUUGACAGAUAUAAGGCAAGACGCUGUUGGGUGACCAGAGUGCUGUAA